ACAAGCUGUGCCUUUGCGCAGGCGCGGUACGCUCUCCACGCGCGACGCUAUGCCGAGCCGGCACGUCUUGCGUGUCCGGACCUUAUAUCGGCGCAUCUUGGCGCUGCACCGCGUUCUGCCCCCGGACCUCAAGGCCCUUGGCGACCAGUACGUGAAGGAUGAAUUUAGGCGACAUAAGACUGUUGGUUCCGACGAGGCCCAGCGUUUCUUGCAGGAAUGGGAGGCAUAUGCAGAAAUGCUGUGGCAACAAGCUAAUGAAAAUAGACAAAAUUCAACUGAAAAAGCCUGUUUUGGAACCACCCUUCCAGAAGAAAGACUUAAUGACUUUCGUGAUGAACAAAUCGGACAGCUGCAGGAGCUGAUGCUUGAAGCCACUAAACCUAGUAGGCAAUUUAGUAUUAGCGAAUCUACGAAAAAAGAAGUCUAGUCUGUACAGUAAACCUAAAGAAAGCAUUUUAACAGUCAGAACCCCUCAGUUUCUAAGGUCUAUUUAGGCUUUGGGAUAUCUGUAUUAGUUAUUCUCUUACUUGGGAAUAUUCUGAAUGCCCAGUGCAGACAAACUUUACUGAAAUACUACUUGCUGUGUGGGAUUUAACUUUUGGUUUAAACCAAGAAUGCCUACAAAAUGUGCAAAGUUAAGAAAUUUUGCUGAAAAAUUUUUCCAUACAAAUGUUUCUAAUAGUUAUUACUCAAGCACCAAGUAACUAUAUAUCAUGAAUAAGAUACUGAAUUCCAGCAAAUACAUUAUCAUUCUGAAGGUUUUAACUCACUUUUUAGUGUCCCUUUUUCCUGAGUUACUGUGUAUUUAAAACGGUGAAAGGGUUAAAAAGAAGCUUUAAGAUUUAGUAUACACAUAAUGAGUAAUGAAUUUCUACAGUGUUUGUUAACACAAAUGACCCUUUAAAUAAUGUGUGGUUACCUUGAAUAUCAUUGAUUGCUUGUGGAUUGGGAAAAAACUUUCAUAAAAAUAUCUGAGAUUUGUAUCUUUAGUUAUAUUUACCCUGAGAUUCUUAAGUCAUCGUUUUUUAGAUGCAGCUGCAUUUAUGUCUACUCUUUAAAAAUUGAUUCUUGGUUAUUCUAUUUGUGAUCUCAUGCUUUCUCUUUGUGUGUGGCUGGAAUUAAUCUUUAGGUUGAUUAUUGUCUUUGUCACUGAAUUAUAAGUAGUUGGUCCAUCACUAAUCUAGUCUUUACAUUAUUCAGGUUGUAGGAAUAUAGCACUGACUAAGAUAAAGCUCUUCAUGUACAUGAAGUUUAGUAUGUAACUGCACUCAGGAAUUGUGUUGCAUUGUGAAUAAAUUAUUGAAAUACAUAAAACUCCUGAUUGUUGUACCUUUCAGUCCACCACUCAACCACCCUCACUUAAAGCUUUAAGAAAGUUUUUAUGCAUAGAAGAACUGUGGCGUAGACCAGAGGUGGUGGGGGUGGGUAGA